CUAGAAAUUAAUUCAAUUCUAAAUAAUCACUAUGAGUUCUGACUCACAUUACAACAUCCCAGUCAUUCCUUUUAAUGUUCUUUCUACAGUGGGAGCUAUGUAUGUAAUACAAGAAGAAGCACCAUGCAUUAACAUCAGCAAUACCAACACCAACCAUGAGUUGGAAAAACUUCUGGACAGAAUUAAAUAUGUUGCUCGAAGCUGCAAAGAAAUUCGUGACAAAUACCAUGUUUUUGAUGACGGCCUGUACUAUCUGGUCUCCUCAAGAGGAGUCCUUUACCAGACGUUCUGUGAUAUGACCACUGCUGGCGGCGGCUGGACGCUGGUGGCCAGUGUUCAUGAAAACAACAUGUUCGGAAAGUGUACUGUUGGGGAUCGCUGGUCUAGUCAGCAGGGCAGCAACCCAAACCGGCCUGAGGGUGAUGGGACAUGGGCAAACACAGUCACAUUCGGAGCUGCAGAAGCUGCCACAAGUGAUGAUUAUAAGAAUCCUGGAUAUCAUGACAUUGUGGCCCAGGAUGUGUCUGUGUGGCAUGUUCCUAAUAAUAUUGAGCUGGAACACUGGACCAUUGCUUCCAUCCUGCGAUACCACACUGAAAAUACCUUCCUAAGCCUCUACGGGGGAAACCUUUUCAAUUUAUUUAAGAAAUUUCCUGUGAGAUAUGGAAUUGGCACAUGUAAAGUUGAUAAUGGACCUGCAAUUCCAAUAGUAUAUGACACUGGAAAUAAGGAUUACACCCAAAGUCUGUAUGGUCCUUUAAUGAAAACACAAUUCGAGACUGGAUUCAUCACAUUCAGAGUCUUCAACAAAGAACAGGCAGCCAUGGCUCUUUGUUCAGGAGUUAAACCAACCAGUUGUCCCACAGUUGAACAUUUCUGUAUUGGUGGAGGUGGACACUUCCCUCAGGAGGCCCCUAGACAGUGUGGGGACUUUACAAGUUUCGACUGGGAUGGCUAUGGCACUCAUAUAGACCACAGUGCUUCCCGAGAAAUAACUGAAGCAGCUGUACUUCUCUUUUAUCGCUGAGACUUUGAAACCAAAAUCACCAGCUUCAUUUCCAUCUGUCCGGGAUAUACCACAUUAAUAAACAUUUGAAUGUUACAUGCACAAUUAUGUAUUAUGAUGUAUACAUCCAUCAUAUUGGUCAGUAAUUUCUUAUUUGAUAGAUGCAGAAAAGUGUGAAUCAUAUUUGAGGAUGUUUCGUGUCACAUUUAUCUUUCAUUUUAGCUUGUAUGUGAUGCACGAGGCUAUGUGUCCUAUGAUGUGAGAGCAAAAUGAAUUAAAUGAAUUAAAAAUAACCUCUAACUUUGAAGAUAAAGUUUUCUCAUGCUAUUUGUGACUCCAAGAAUGAAGAAAACAUUUUCUCAUGUAAGAUAGUUGUGUGUUUUCCCACGUUUCUGUGUGUGCCUUUAGAUCUGUAACACAGCGUUUCAGAAAAAGAACAUCGUACCAACAGUAACAUAUGGUGGUGGUAGUGUGAUGAUCUGGGGUUUUGCUUCAGGACCUGGAAGACUUGCUGUGAUAAAUGGAACCACGAAUUCUGCUGUCUGGCAAAAAAUCCUGAAGGACAAUGUCCGGCCAUCUGUUUAAGCAUGAACUUAAAAAGGCAGUUUAUGCUCGAAAACCCUCCAACGUGGCUGAAUUACAAUUCUACAAAAGAUGAGGGGGCCAUAAUUCCUCCAGAGCGCUGUAACAGACUUACUGCUAGUUAUCACAAACGCUUGAUUGCAGUUGUUGCUGCUAAGGGAGGCCCAACCAGUUAUUAGUUAUUAGUUCAGGGGGCAAGCACUUUUUCACACAGGGCAAUGUGGGUUUGGAUUUCGUUUCCCUUUAUAGUAAACACCUUCAAUUAAAAACAGCAUGUUGUGUUUA